ACCUGAGAACCCGAACAUGAAGGCUGUGAAGAAUAGUCACAGUUUUCAACCUGGGGAGCCCGUCUUCGCUAAGAUGAAGGGUUAUCCUUUCUGGCCUGCCAGGAUUGGGGAAGGCAAGGGACCUAAGAAUAAAGUACCCAUAUUCUUCUAUGGCACGCACCAGACAACCUUUCUGCUCCCCAAUGAAAUUGUUCCCUAUUGGCCGAACAAGGACAAAUAUAACAAGCCAAUCAAGAAAGGAGGAUUCCCUGAGGGAAUGUGGGAGAUUGAACAUGAUCCAGGAAUAUGCCUGAAAGGACCAAAAAAAGUGUCACUGCUGAGCAGGGUGGAACAGAUGCGCAAAGCCCAGAAGAGGGCAGCCGCCAGUGCCUCCUUGACGGACGCGCCAUCUCCUGCCAAGAUGGCAAGGGAAGAAGCCUCAGCUGGAAAGCCACCUUCUGCAGCACCACCUGUGACCACAGAGAAAAAAACGCCUGCAAGGACAGCGGCUCCUAGACAGAGCACCACUGCCACUCCGAAAGCCACGACCACUCGGCGGUCGGUGUCCGCCGACGCAACCGCAUCACCUCCAGAAGCCACAUCCUCUCAGAAGUCCUUGCGCUCCGCUAAAGCCACGCCCUCAGAGAAAGUUGCUUUCUCUGAGCGGAGGUCCCGAAGUAUACCCAAAGUCACACCAACAGAGAAAUCAGGCACCACCCAGACUAUACCCACGCUUCAGAAAUCCACGCCCACAAAAGUUACAGAUACACGCCCUAAUGACACACCAGCUACAAUAACUGCCACACCCCCUAAGUCCACCUCUCAAACACAAGCUCAGCUCAAACCUCCUCAGGAAGCCGCCUUGCCACAGAAAGACACACCCUCUCAGGGAGACGUGGCGCGCCAAGAGGCCAGACCUUCUCCAAAAGCCACACCCGUUCCACAGACAACACUCUCGCUGGAAGACACACCCCUCCAGGCGGUCACACCAUCUCAGGAAGUUGCCCACUCGCAGAAAGCCCAGGCUGAAGUGGAUGCACAGUCUCAGGUUCCUCAGAAGAGCACUGAAGCCAGUGCUGCAGAUGAGUCUCAGGAGAGGGAUGGCAGGAAGAGGAGGAGAGGAGAGAAGGAGGAGGGAGGAGAGGAGGAACCAGAGCCCAAGCAGAAGAAAAAUAGUGAGGGAGUAGGUGAGAGCUCCCCAAAGCAGGAGAAGAACAGCGUUUCUGCCGUGCUGAAAUCUUUGCAGGAUCUCGUGCAGAGCAGAGAAGUCAGGAGAGGACAGAGGGAAAAGGAGAAGGGGACACAGAAGGAGGAAAAGAAGGAGUGUGAUAAGCAGGUGCCAACAGAGGUCAAGGACAUACCAAAAGAGAAGAGGGAGCUUCGGAAGGAGAACAAGACUGAGGUGGCAAUGGAGAUCAAAGAGGUUCCAAAAGAGCAGAAGAGAGAACUUCAGAAGGAGAAUAAGACUGAGGUGCCAAUGGAAGAAAAGGAGGUUCGAACGGAGGAUAAGAAGCAGACACCAGCAGAGGUCAAGGAGGUUCCCAAAGAGGAGAAGAGAGCGCUUCGGAGGGAGAACAAGACUGAGGUGCCAACGGAAGUAAAGGAGGUUCCAAAAGACAAAAAAGAGCUUCAUAAGGAUGACAAAAAGCAAUCACCAAUGGAGGUUCCAAAAGAGGAGAAGAGGGUGCUUCGUAAGGACAACAAGAAGGAGGCACUAGUAGAGGUCAAGGAGGUUCCAACAGAGGAGAGGAGGGAGCUUCGUAAGGACAACAAGAAGGAGGCGCUAGUAGAGGUCAAGGAGGUUCCAAAAGAGGAUAGGAGGGAGCUUCGUAAGGACAACAAGAAGGAGGCACUAGUAGAGGUCAAGGAGGUUCCAACAGAGGAUAGGAGGGAGCUUCGUAAGGACAACAAGAAGGAGGCGCUAGUAGAGGUCAAGGAGCUUCCAAAAGAGGAUAAGAGGGAGCUUCGUAAGGACAACAAGAAGGAGGCACUAGUAGAGGUCAAGGAGGUUCCAAAAGAGGAUAGGAGGGAGCUUCGUAAUGAUAACAAGAAGAAGGCACUAGUAGAGGUCAAGGAGGUUCCAAAAGAGGAGAGGAGGGAGCUUUGUAAUGAUAACAAGGAGGUACCAACCGAACAAAAGGAGGUUCGGAAGGAAUACAAGAAGCAGACACCAACAGUGGUCAAGGAGGUUCCAAAAGAGAAGAGAGAACUUUGGAAGGAAGACAAGAAGCAGACACCAACCGAGGUUUCAAAAGAGAAGAAAGAACUUCGGAAGGAAGACAAGAAGCAGACACCAACAGAGGUUAAGGAGGUUCCAGAAGAGAAGAGAGAACUUCGGAAGGAUGACAAGAAACAAGCACCAACAGAGGUCAAGGAGAUUCCAAAAGAGGAGAAGAGGGUGCUUCAGAAGGAGAGUAGGAAGGACGUACCAACGGAACAAAAGGAAGUUCAUAAGGAGGACAAGAAGCAGGCACCAACAGAGGUCAAGGAAGUUCCAAAAGAGGAGAAGAGGGUGCUUCAGAAGGAGAGUAGGAAGGACGUACCAACGGAACAAAAGGAAGUUCAUAAGGAGGACAAGAAGCAGGCACCAACAGAGGUCAAGGAAGUUCCAAAAGAGGAGAAGAGGGUGCUUCAGAAGGAGAGUAGGAAGGACGUACCAACGGAACAAAAGGAAGUUCAUAAGGAGGACAAGAAGCAGGCACCAACAGAGGUCAAGGAAGUUCCCAAAGAAGAAAAGUUGGAACUUCGGAAGGAGAACAAGAAAGACAUGCCAACAGGAGAAACAGAGGUAGCAAAAGAUGAGAAGAGGGAACUUCGGAACAAGAAGGAGGUACCAACAGCGGUCAAGGAAGUUCAGAAAGAGGAGAAGAUUGAGAUUCUGAAGGAGCAAAAGAAUGGAAGUGUGCAGGAGAUUGAGGGCAAGAGAGACCCUCCCAGUGUGAAGCUGAAUGAGGCUAUAAUACUGAAGAAAGAAAGAAAAGAAGAGCGGAAAGUAGGCAUCAAAAUUGUCACAGACUCCGUCACAGAUUCCAGACUGCACAGGCUCCUUGGAGAGAUCCGCAUCUCCUUGACUGUUGGAAACCCAGAUGUGGGGAAGUGUGUACUGGCAUUAGAUGAGCUGGGAAGAGUACCUGUGUCCUCCCAGCAUCUGCAGAAGCACAAAGAGCUCAUUGAAACACUUAGCAGGAUCCGCAAGUUCAACGAGAGCGAGGUGAUCAUGCAAAAAGCCUCGAUGCUCUACCACAAGUUCAAGAGCGUGUACCUGAGUGGUGAGGAGGACCUCUCUCCCGACUACAUCAACAUACUCCAGCAGGAACGCCAGCAGGAGGAGAUCGGGCGAGUGCAGAGGGAGGAGAAGGAGGAGAAGAGAGAGGGAAGAGAAGAGAGGAGUGUGGUGGAAAGAGUAGGGAGUGAAGGUACAGUGGUGUGAGCUGCCUGGAAGGAGCUGCAAAGCAGGUUUUUGUUUUUGUCGUCUUUGCGUUUGUGUUUUUUUAUAUAUUUUUAUAUAAGACUAAAAAUGUGCUCUAGGAAGAUGCUGUGAAACUUACCCAGACCAUCCAGUCACACCAAGCCCAUACACAAUAACAUCACACACACUCACACAGGCACAUACUGUAGACAAUACAGUACACUGACAUGCACAAUUAAUUUAAAUGCUGCUAUUGCUUUGAACAUGUAUCUUUGUCUUUUUUUACACAUUGUUUGCACUGUUUGUGGGUUGAGAGCAUGAGUGUGCGUGCGUGUGUGCGUGUGCGCGCGUGUGUGUGUGUGUGUGUGUGAGAGAGAGAGAUCAAGAUAUAAACAGUACUGCUGAAAUUUAAUUUUAGUUAAAGCCAGCAAAGAAGACCGGCUGGCUUUACAAAACACUGGCUGAUGCAAAUAGAAACACACACACAUACACACACACUACAGGGAAUUACUCUGCACUGCGUAGAGGAUUAAGAGGAAAGUACAAUCGUUCCCACUGACACAUACACAAAUUCACUACCAUUCAUUGAGAACACACAACUUAGGUCAAAUCUGAAAUAUAAGUUAAGCUAUAUGAGUAACUUGCAUUAGUGCAAACAUACUUACAAUAGGCUACACGCUACCUAUAAUUUUUUUUUUUUUUCAGUUUGAUUACAGAUAUAAAAAUCCACCUCAGUUUUGAUGGAUCUGUUUCCGUCCUGAAAAGGUUUGUCACGUUCCUGUUUUUCUGUGAGCAUUAACUAGCACAUCAAUUCUUUUUAUAAAUAAAGAAAGAAAAACAGAUGACUCUA